CCUACGCUGUAUCUAUACUUGUCGAUGUUCCUUCACGAAGUGAAGGUUAGUGCAAAAGGGAGAAAUGAAGCACGUAUUGUGUCCGCGUUUGGGGCGAGCAUGUGCCCCAAGUUGGUGCGCGAAGUAAUGUCCCAUAAUCGUCCUGUGCGAGUGAACGCAUUAUUAGCACUCUGCGAAGAGUUGCAAAAUCCGGCGAGUCUGGUUGGUUGUGUAGAUCUGGGAAUCGUGUCCGUGCUUAACGCACAGGUCUCUGCAGAUCAAGACCCGCUGACGCGCUUGCGUGCCGCCAAAGCUCUUGAAAUUUGCUCUCGAAAUGCUACUGGCGUUCACGCUCUUUUGCAAGGCAAUACAGCCCAGAUGAUUGUUUCCGCAUUAAGUGACGACGAGAUAGAGGUGAGAGAAUACGUGUACCGGGCUCUUAUUGAGUUCUCUACUGGAAACCUAUCAUGUGUGCAUGCGCUUGUUGCAGCCGACUAUCCUGCCAUUCUUAUUAAUCAGUUACGAACAGCAAAGGAAAAGACCGUUCUGCAGCCUCUGGCCUUACGGCUACUCCAUAAUUGUCUUUAUUCUGGCUGCGGGCUUGAAAGUGCCCUAGGACACUCUGCAGUUGAAACAUGCAUUGAGUUGCUUGCGAGUAUUGACACAGAAGUUCGCCGUGAAGCUGCAAGCACACUAAUUGCGCUUUGCCUUGCGGAUGUGGCAAAGAUGUUGGCCAUUGAGUGUGGAGCGAUCGAGAUCAUCAUAGAACUUCUGAAGGAUAGUGAUCGACUUGUCCGCUCUGCUGCCGCAGGGGCAUUGAUGACCAUCACCACAGCUGAUGAGGGCAAACAGGCAAUUAUUUCGUUGGACAAGAUAAAAAAAAAGAAUUCAGUUUCUCUGCUUGCUGAGCUUCUCAACGAGAAAGAUGACAUUCUUACAACCAACACGCUGAAGUGUAUUGCAAAUAUUGCUGUGCAUCCCAAGGCGCGCGAGAUUCUUAAAAAUAAAACUAAAUUUAUUGACCGGCUCACUACGCUGUGCAUUUGCGAUAAUGCUGCAAUUGGGAAGAAUGCCCGUAUUGUCAAGAAGGCCAUUUUUUUGUGUCCGAAGGAAACAUUAUGAUCGCCUGGUCCCGGAUGCCCCCAUAUCCGUAUACCUCUACUCUACUAAACUCCCGCGCCAACCAACCAACCACCUCCCAACCACCAGACUAGUAGUCUUAAGAGUGCAUUGGCUGGGCCUAAA